AGACUGUAGGGAGAAUGGCACCGGGAGCGUUUAAAUGCAUCGAGUGUAAUGAAGAUGCAAACGAGCUGCAUCGAGAUUACAGCAAUGGCAUUUUGAAGAUCACCAUAUGUGCCUCAUGCAAGAAACCGGUGGACAAAUACAUUGAAUAUGAUCCAGUUAUUAUUCUAAUAGAUGCAACUCUAUGCAAAAUUCAGGCAUUUAGACAUAUUCUCUUCAACACUGACAUUAACAUCCACUGGAAGCUGUGUGUGUUCUGUCUGCUCUGUGAGUCAUAUCUGCGGUGGUUUCUUCUGCAGGGGUCACAGCCCAGCGGUGACCCCGCUGACAUCAUCCGUUACACUAAAGAGUGGGAUUUUUACUGCAUGUUUGCAUUGGCUGCACUUGAGCUGGCUGUGUUUUGCACGGGCGUGCUGCUGAUCCUCUGGACGGUCCGACGCUUCAAUGGCGUUUCUAUAGAGUUUCAUUCACUGCUGAAGGCUCUUUUGCUCUCCAGCUACGGCAAAGUCCUGCUGAUACCUGCUGUCAUCUGGGAGCACGACUUUUCCCCGCUCUGCUUCAGCCUCAUACGACUGUUUGUGUUGACCUCCAACACACAAGCCAUUAAAGUGAUUCUGAACUGCAGUAGACGUCUGUCUCUCCUGGCGGUGUGUGGUGGGUUACUCUUGGAGACGUUUGUUUCCCAAGCUUUCAAAACACUGCAGGUCUGCUCUCAAGACUAUCUGCCAGUGUUUUAGAUCCAAACCGAAGGACUCGAUCCAGGAGUCUGAAGAAAUGAAUGAACUGACAUCACGAUGAUCUGAAUCCAACAGUCCUGCACUCAGCGAUUUCCGUUUUACAUAGUUUCAUUUCUGUUUUGAACUAGUUUUAGAUUAGUUGGUCAAAUGCUUUGGAAAUGUUUGUGACACGGCCAAGUGAAACUUAAUGAGGUCACGGAGAGCAAAUUGCUCAUUUUUACUACGGUUACCGCGUGGUUAUGAGGUUUUUUACGCCUGAUAUUUUCUAAGCUAGGUUUUAAAACCGCGGCUUUUUGACUCCAUAGAGUCACCGCAAGGCAAAGAGGAUUAUUUUGGUCUGUAUAGGCAGGAACGUCAGAAGGCCUUUAGGUUUAGCGCAAUGGCGUAUGUUUACGUGGGCUUUGAAGACACAGCUUUACAUUCCUGAGGUAAUUUGUCAAAUUCCUGCCAGUGAGCCCUGCGGAGGAGAGACGUUAACGCAAAUAUACUACAUAUGGCCGCGGUUCACAUACUCCAACAAUCUGUUUCCUAUUGGACGGUUUGUGUACGAACGUUGAACAGCAACGAAUUGCUGUAUUAACGUUGUUAUGAACGAACUCAGGAAAUAAAUCUUGAACUUUGCGAAACUCAUGCUUGUCUUAGUUUUGUGUUUCAGUGCUGUGAGGGAUUGUGGUCUGUAGGGGUAGUUUACCAGAUUUAGUGUAAAUCCUAAAAACAUCCUGAACAUUUCAACAGGGAAUAAAGCACCCGUGACAUUUAUGUAAACUGAAGCCGUUUUAGCGAUUAUUGGAUUAGCAUUUCAUUCUCUUCAAGUCACUGUACGUGGAAAACAUUCCAUCAAUCCACACUUUAUUUGUCAUCAGAGGCUUGUUGUGACUAAGCAGGUCAGUGUGAGAUGUCCACAUGUCAGAACAGGUUUUAUGAAUGUCAUGUGGAGGUUUUUGAGCUCGCUGAUGUUGGGUGAGGUUCUUACUCAAUAAAACCGAGUGUCUGUUUCACAGAACAGUCUGGUUUUAUUUAUCUAAUAAGUAAAGAAUGCAAUAUUGUGCUCUUCUCAAACCGAAGGCAAGUAAAUUGUUGUAAAUGGGUUAAUGGUGUCUGGGUACAUUGCUUUUGACAUUUCAGAAAUUGUCACAAGAUUGCUAAAUUUACAGGUGCUUAAAAGGUUCUUCACAGCAGUAUAGAAAAAACAAUCAGUAUUCAUAAUGGAUGAAAAAUGUUCAAUUUGGGCAAUUCCAGCGUUAUGGAUGUGACAUUUUGCGUUAUGGAUGUGACAUAAAUGUAUUUGUUACCAAUAUACCG